ACCUAAUACCUAAGUAUAAGAAGAAAUAAAAAAUCAAGUUUAAAUAAAAUUCGAGUGAUUUAAGAGUUGGUUCUGUGUUGUGGAUUAGGAUAUAAAAGUGUAACAAUGAGUAUAGGUUUGUUGCUGCUGAUAAUUGUUUUUAUGAUGAUUAAGACAGACAAAUUGGUAUGCGGUGUGCUCUCAUAUAAAACAGCCUCCGUAAUAUUGCUAGGUUUUCCUGUGCUGAGUUUUAUUCAAGCCUUCCUCUCAAAAUACAUCGAAGCAGAGAACUCUUUUGAGGUUCACGUGAAUGACUUUAUGUUUUUUGUUUUUGUAUGUACUUGCCUAAGCGCACUGAUUGGAAUUGAACUCAAAAAGGUAUCUCUUACUACGCCGAUCCUUUUGGCAUUACUGUUAAUAAUUUUUGCUUUGUUGGCUACUUGCAUUCAAUAUAUCGUCGGUUAUUUUGAUUUUACGAAAGGUCAAUUCAGUAGCCGUUUUGUCAGCGUACAAUUCCAGUAUGCUUUGAUUGCUGAACUCGUGUCACUUUACGCUUUCCAAAUAAUUUUCACUCUUUUCAUGGACCUGUUUGGUGAAGAUCUGCCAUCCAAAUCGAAACAAACAUCUAAAUCGAAGCCAUCGUCUGAUGCACCGAUACUUAAUGUUUGAGAGACAAUCAGCGCGUUAAAUUGCCACCGUUUGGGUUGUAGGCUCAUUUGGAUUUUCAAUGUUUUAAAUUAAGUACCUAUCUGUGCCUAAGUUACUGUUUUAAAUGUUUAUGAUUACUUACCUAUCAAAAAAUAAUGAUACCUAAAAAUUCAUCAAUAUAAGUACCUAUACUAAUAAGGAUAAUGAAUGUAUUAUGGCAUGCAACGUAAUUUUUGAUUACUUUUUAAACAAUACAAUUUUCUCAGAUUUAAAA